AUGGAUAAACUAUGUAUUCGGUCAUAUAUAAAAACUCGUUGGUUAUUAUGUUUAACUCCUACACAAAUUCAUGAUGACCUAACUGCUGCUUAUGGACAAGGUGUUUCGUUGGACGAUGAUCCUCGAAGUGGUCGUCCAUUAUCCAUAAUUACUCAACAAAAUAUUGAUGCUGUUAAAGACCUCGUGAUUGAUGAUCCACAUAUUAGUAUUGAUUAUAUUGCUACCAUCUUAGACAUAUCACAUGGUAGUGUAGAUACUAUUCUCAAGCAACAUCUUGGCUUAAGACAGAUAUCGUCAAGAUGGGUACCUCAUAAACUCAAUCAACAACAACGACAACAACGUAUUGAUAUUUGUCUUGAAAAUUUACAAAAAUUUGAAAGUGGUGCAUGGCGGCCAUGUGAUAUAGUAACAGGUGAUGAAAGUUGGUUUUAUCAUCGAAAAAUUAAGUCAAAACAACAAUCUAAAGCAUGGGUAGGAAAAGAAGAAAGUCUUCCAACUGCAGUUAGAAGACAACUAUUCGAAGAAAAAGCAAUGUUCAUUAUUUUUUUUAUGAUAAAUGGACCAUUACUUAUUCAUCAGGUACCUUCUCGAACAUCAGUCAAUGUAAUAUAUUAUCGUGAUGAAUGUUUAAAAGCUUAA